GGCUCCCGUCGGGUCCGUUCGGCUCGCCUUCCGCCUGCGUCACCGGUUUGCGUCAACGCCCGUUUGCGGGGUCGCUUUCUGCAGGUGAGCGGCUGCAGACGCGGAAAUGGCGAGGAUGGAGUCCCCCGGGGUGGGCAGAGUGCUUCAGACCUCUGGGUACGACUCGUCGUCCUACACGGACAACCUGAUCGGAACCUUGCUGGCGAUCUCCGGGAACCUGCUGAUCAGCAUCUCGCUGUGCGUGCAGAAAUACAGCCACCUGAGCCUGGCCGGCAACAAGGACUCUCGUGUUUACUACAAAACUAUGAGCUGGUGGUGCGGGCUGGUGCUGACGCUGCUGGGCGAGCUGGGCGUCUUCGUGUCCUACGCCUUCGCCCCGCUGUCGCUGGUGGCGCCGCUGGGCGCCGUGUCGCUGAUCGCGACCUCUAUCCUGGGCUUUGUCUUCCUACGUGAGAAGUGGAAGCCCAGAGAGUUUGCUAAGCGCUACAUCCUCUCCUUCCUUGGCUGCAUCCUUACGGCCACAGGGACCUACCUGUUUGUCACAUUCGGCCCUAACGCUCACGAGAAGCUGAGUGCUGACAACAUGGUGAAGCACGUCAUCAGCUGGCCCUGCCUCCUGUACCUGCUCCUGGAGAUCAUCGCUUUCUGCUUGCUGUUAUAUUUCUAUAAGCAGAAGAAGCUAACCUACCUGGUGGUCAUCGUGCUGCUUGUCGCUCUGCUGGGAUCAGUGACGGCCAUCACUGUGAAGGCCGUGUCAGGCAUGACCGUACUCAGCAUCCAGGGACAGCUGCAGCUCUCCUUCCCCAUCUUCUACGUCAUGCUGGUCUGCAUGGUCGCCACCGUGCUCUUCCAGGCCUCGUUUCUGUCUCAGGCCUCCAACCUGUACGACUCGUCCUUGAUUGCCAGCGUGAAUUACAUCCUCUCCACGGUCUUCGCCAUCGUCGCUGGAGCUGUGUUUUACCUGGAGUUCAACCAGGAGAGUGUGCUUCACAUCUGCAUGUUCCUGCUGGGGUGUGCCAUUUGCUUCCUGGGAGUAUUUUUAGUCACGAAGAACAAGAGGAGGACAAAAGCGUUUGAGCCAUACGUGACCAUGGACAUGAUGCAAGGAAUCCCCACAAUCCACGACAAAGGCCGGGCCGUGCAGCCGGACUACAAUGGCUCUUUCUCGUACGGUGCUCUGGUGAACAGCGAGAGCGCCAUCCCUGCCGCAUUGCCCGCGGUGCCGGAGCAGCUGGCCACUGGCCCUGCUGCUGCCACCUACAAGUCGGAUGAGCUCAAGCAGGACUGAGAGGGUCCUGGCCCUGGUUUGGGACUGUGCCGGUGCGGGUGGGAGGGUGACCUGGGCGCGGGCGCAAUGUGAUCCUCUCCACCCCCCUCCCCUGGAUGAAGCUGUAAAUAUUUAUGGGCUGAACCUAAACAGUAAACCCCCCCCCCCCGCCCCAGGGCAACCGGGCCUGGGCGGAUGGGUGAAGAAGAGGAGACAGACUUGGGGUGGGACCGGUCCAGUCAUGGCCAACAUGCAACUUACAUUUGUUUGACCUGUCUGGACCGUAAAUGUGCUUUCUGCUGCCUGGUUUCUCUCUGUGGCCCAUUACAUGUAUGUACAUGUAUGUGCUGGGAAGACAAAUCCUGUCUGUAUCAUUACGGCCCAUGGAAUCUGACCUCUGACCUCUUUCUGAGGGUGCCCUGGGAUCAGCGUGACCUCUGACCUCUGCCUGUCUCAUGUUCUGCCUGUGUGCUCUGUGCUGUCAGGGUGGGGUGAGGUUGACAGAGUGAGGAUGUGUUGCUCACACUGCCCUCUAGUGGUCAUACAUGUUUCAUGCUCUGGUACCGAAUGAUUUUCAUUGCUGUGAUGAAUGUGUGGGGUAUCUACAGAGAGCUGCUUCCAUAAUCUCGAGUUGCCCUGCAGUGUAUUAGGUGGUAAGCAAAUAAAUCAAGCAAGAUUA